AUGAAUUUUACAGGCAUUAACAAAACCUAUGGCUGCCUUGGGUUUUCCUGUCCAGAGAGAUCUGUAUCUACUGCACUGUAUGUGUUAUCAUAUGUCUCUGCAGCAGCUGUUGUUCUGCUGACAGUAUGUGGGAAUCUGCUCAUCAUCAUCUCUGUGUGUCACUUCAAGCAGCUCCACACACCAACUAACAUGCUCAUCCUCUCUCUGGCAGUGUCAGACUGCCUGGUUGGAGUCUUUGUGAUCCCUGUAGCAUUAAUCUGGAUGAUUGAGUCAUGUUGGCUUUUUAGUGCAUUGUAUCGUACAUGUUAUAUAUUGAUUGCUUCUUUUCUCACAACCACAUCAGUAUUUAAUGUUGUUCUCAUUGCUGUUGAUCGGUAUUUUGCUCUCUCUAAGCCUUUUCUGUACAACAAAACAGUCUCUCUCAGCGCAAUGUGCACUGUAGUUUUAUCUAACUGGUUUGUAUUGUUUAUUUAUAACAUAGCACUUCAGUACUUCAAUGGAAGUUUUGUUAGUCAUAAUUGUCCUCAAGACUACUUUUUGUUAUUGAGCCAAGUGUGGUCUCUGGUUGAUCUGGUGUUGACUUUUGUUUUUCCACUUGCUGUAAUAAUUCUUGUGUAUGGUCAAGUGUUUUUUAUUGCCAAGAAACAUGCCACUGCUAUUAGAGAGCUUAAUAGUCACACCAGGACUCAGACCUCAAAGAACAUGACAGACUCAAUGAAAUCUGAGAGAAAAGCAGCAAAGGUUCUUGGCAUUUUAGUAUCUGUGUUUUUGGCCUGUUUACUUCCAUACUUUGUUUAUAGUGUUUUGGGUAAUAUAGUUGAAAUCGAAGUUGAUUCAUUUCAGAAAGUCUUGAUGUUGGUUUACCUUAAUUCUGCCAUUAAUCCAGUUAUUUAUGCUUUAUUUUAUCCAUGGUUUAGGAGGUCUGUUAAAUUAAUUUUAACUCUUCAGAUAUUCUACGCUGAUUCAGCCCUGAUCAAUGUUCUUUAACUAAUUUGAUGCUGAAAUUGGUCAAAGGCCAUUAUGUUAGUGAGCAUUUAUGUGAGCAGAUUACCAUUGCAUGUGUUUGAGAGAGAGCAUGUGUGGGGUUGUGCAUGUGUAUACAAAUAAAGUGGCGCACUAAUACUGGCUCACUAAAACAACUCAUACAUUGGCGGAAUGCAUAUAGCAACUUUAUGCACCACAUCUUGGACUGAACAGAAGUAAAAUACAUUGUAUCACACUGCUCGAGUCCUGCAGUUCUGAACUCAUAUUCCCAGAAUCCUCUGGGAAGUCAAAUGG